AUGGCAACACUGAAUGUAGUUGGAGCAUGCCGGUCUGGAUUCUCUCUGCUUCUCAGCUCUUGUCUGUAUAAGACCUUUAUCAGACCAAAAUUUGAAUAUGGAUUGGCUAUUCUCCCUCUGAAAAGAACUGAUACUAUCCAGCUUGAGAAAAUCCAAGAUAAAUGUUUGCGCAUGAUUGUUGGUGGGCACCGAACCUUAUCUACAACUGUGCUCAAACAUAUAUGUCACCUUCCUAGUAUGAGUUUCCGUGCUGAUGUGCUGAUAACAAAGUUUUGUAUUUGUACUCACUACCUUCCCUCUGGCUGCCUUUUGUCUCUUCUUCACCAUCACCACUCUCAGUCUUCAUCACUUGUCACUCUUCGUCAUAAUACUCUCCUUCAAAGCAUCCCUAUUGAUUUAAAUGUUCAUAGUGGCAAAGCUCUCAAACAUCACUUCGAAACCUUUCGACAGUUCAAAACAGAUCAGCUCCAAUUGUCUUCAAACCAAGUCUUGUUCCUAGCAUGCCACCCUCUUUUGGAAGUCGAUCCUAUUCUGUUCUUGUCUGCAACUAGGGUGGAACGUAGCCGCCUUGUCCGCUGGAAAAUGGGUUGGUUGCCUGGCACUCCUAAGGAUUGCCCUUGUGGUACUGACCAUACCUCACGUCGUCAUCUUGCUGUCUGCUCUUUGGUUCCUGCCCAUUUGUUGGCCUGUCUUCCUAUUCCAUCUGAUCAAAACUAUAAUUCAAUUGAUUUUGCUAUAACUGCUCUCCCAAAUUCUAGUCAGGCUCCAUGCCCCUCUUAUUGGGUAGCACUGCUUACUAUUCUCUGGCAUUUUGACAAGCUUUGUAACUCUGAUGGUGACUACACUCAUGAAACUCACUUUGGUACUCUUUGGGCUGGACUUAGCUAG